AUGGCGCGUGCGCCGUCUUUGUCACCUCCACCCUCACCGAGGCCCCCGUUUCAAGCCUGCCGAGUACGACGGGAGUCCUAUGCUGCCCAGUUUGAUCUGCUGGCGGCUGCACAGGGCUGGGACCAGGCUGAGAAGACCUUGCAGCUGGCCACAGCUCUCAGGGGUCCAGCUAUCGAGGUUCUUGGCCACCUCCCGCCAACGCAGCGUGCCUCCUUCCCUGACAUUGCUGAGGCACUGCGUCGUCGCUUCGGGCACCGCCACCAGGCUGAGGUGUAUCGUGCCCAGCUGAAGAAGAGGACGAGGCAGAGGGGCGAGACGCUGGCCCACGACGUAGAGGCACUGGUGAGAAGGGCGUACCUAGCGGCCGGUGAGGAAAUGGUCACCGUGUUGACACGUGAUGCCUUCCUGGAUGCCUUGGUGGACCACCAGCUGCAGAUUUAUGUGAGGCAGGCACACCCAGCUGACGUGCAAGUGGCUUUGGCUCGUGCAAUAGAGUUUGAGGCCUUCAUGCAGACCGCGAGCUCCCUGUCUACCUUCGCUCGGCCCCACAGUGACGUGAGAGGACGCAAGACUCAAGUGAAGAGGAGGCCAGCGUCACGUGCGGCGAGCCCGGGAGCGCUCGGCGGGCGGUGCUGGCGGUGCGGUGAGAAGGGGCACGUGAGGGCCCGGUGCCCGAGGGAGCUAAGGGAGCGCUCUCUCGACCGGCCUGAUCGUGUCGCCUUUCAGCCUUGCUGCGAGGACUGCGGCGGGGCUGGACACCGCUCCAGCGCUUAUCCCAGCCCGAAGGAGGUAGUGUCAGUGGGAAACGACUACGAGGCUGAGAGGCGGCCCUGCCUUCAGCAGGGGCCGCCUCUCAGCCGGCCAAAACUCCAGUGCCCCGGCUUGUGUGAAGUGUCACUACACCGUUGGCAGCGCGCAGGUGAGAGGCGCCGUGGACGGGAGGCCGUGUCGCAUGACUGUGGACAGCGGCGCAGAUCACACGCUGGUGCGGCCAGGGCUGGUGGAGGCUGA